CCCAUCAGCUGUUUUUGUUUUGUUGUGUGACCAUCAGUGAAGUUAAUAACACAGUAAUGCUAUAUAUACAGAAUGAAAAUGUUGAAUCAUUAAGGUCUUGUGAAAUGAUUAUCAUCGUUAUAUAUUUUAUAUGUUGAUGGUAUGGCACGUUCGUGACAUUUGAAAGAUCUCGUCCAAACAUUGUGUUCUACCUCAAGUGUGUGCGCGUGGCACUUGGUGUAAAGGGGAGAAGAGGGGUUUUGGUAAAGCGGAUUUCGGGAGUGAGGGUAAGCGAUCCAAACCAGAGGCCUCUCACUACUGCAGAAUCAAAAGAAGAAUAAUCGUUGCCGAUGGAGUCUCCGGAGCCAGUCUGCGAGGGAGGGCAGCCCGGGUUGAUCUGCGCGUCGUUUAACCAGGACACCACUUCUCUGUCCAUGGGCACCAAGACCGGCUACAGGCUGUUUUCUAUCACCUCGGUGGACAAAAUGGACUCCAUCCACGAGGGAGUGGAGUGCCCGGAGGUGUACAUCGUGGAGCGCCUGUUCUCCAGCAGCCUAGUGGUGGUGGUCAGUCUGGCCACACCGCGACGCAUGAACGUCUACCACUUCAAGAAGGGCACGGAGAUCUGCAACUACAGCUACUCUAACAACAUCCUCUCGGUCCGGCUCAACAGACAGCGUCUGGUGGUGUGUCUUGAGGAGUCCAUCUACAUCCACAACAUCAAGGACAUGAAACUGCUGAAGACCUUGCUCAACACACCCUCCAACCCCACGGGUCUCUGUGCCCUCUCCGUUAACCACGGCAACUCCUACCUGGCCUACCCUGGCAGUGCCACCCACGGGGAGAUCAUCGUCUACGACGCCAACAACCUGAGCAACGUGACUAUGAUCCCAGCGCACGACAGUCCCCUGGCCGCCGUCACCUUCAACACAUCUGGGACCAAGCUUGCAAGUGCCUCAGAGAAGGGGACUGUGAUCAGGGUCUUCACUGUACCUGAAGGAUACAAGCUAUUUGAGUUCCGUAGAGGCAUGAAAAGGUAUGUGAGCAUCAGCUCGUUGUCCUUCAGUGCAGACGGACAGUUCCUGUGCGCCUCCAGCAACACUGAGACUGUCCACAUCUUCAAACUGGAACAGCACACUCCCAAUCAGGAGGAAGAGUCUCCCACGUGGUCGGCCUACGUGGGCAAGAUGUUCACAGCGGCCAGCACCUACCUGCCCGCCCAGGUGUCCGACAUGAUGCACCAGGACCGAGCCUUCGCCACCGUGCGCCUGGACAUGAUCGGCCUGAAGAACGUCUGCGCCAUGGCCACGGUCCAGAAGCUUCCCCGGCUGCUCGUGGCCUCCUCCGACGGCCAUCUUUACAUCUACAACGUGGACCCACAAGAUGGAGGGGAGUGUGUCCUGGUCCAAAAGCACAAGUUGUUUGAAAGUGUUGAGGAAUCUGCUGAAAAGCCGGAAGACUCCGAGCUGGAGGAAGUCCCGCCCCAACCGUCCAGCCAAUCAUACGCUGCCACCGUUGCGCUUUCUUCCACGCCACCGUCUUCGUCCACUCUCAUGGGUUACUCGGAGGACGGUGGGGUGAAGGGGGAUGUGAUCCCAGAACAUGAGUUCGCCGAAGGACCCGUCUGCCUGGACGACGAGGAUGAGUUUCCUUCCUUCAGCCCCUAGAGUGACUGACUGACUGACUGACUGACUCCAACCCCCAGACAGACCCCUAAACAAUAACAAUUCUGUUUGAGCCGAUUUUGAAGGAAGAAUGGCAGUGUGCAAUACACACCCAAAUAUGGUGUUUCCUCUCUGGAUCCAUUUCUACCCUUGCUGGCCUAGGGUUCUGUGACCCCCCCCCCCCCCCCUUACACACACCUCUGUAUCCGUCCUGUUUGUACAGAAAAGUCAUGAUACACUUUAAACAAUUGAUAGCAUUUCAUGCUGUUUGACCCUGAAUCCUUUGACAACCAAUCAGAGGAAAACACAAAUCAGAGCUUCUGAGACAUUUUCGGACUAUUCCUGCCUGUGUGAGGAGUCCUACCCACAUUGUUGUCACCUGAACUGAUUCCCAUCUGUGGGCCAGUCUAAGUCCUGUCCCACUCUGGUGUCCCCUGAAUCUUUCCAAAGGCCAGUGUUUCCAAGGCUGCUACUCCAACACAUUUCGACAAAUUCAAAUCUGUCGUUAUCUCUCUAAAUAUAUGAUAUAUAAUAUAUAAUAUAUCAACACCUGAGCUGAACACGUGAUGAAUUAUAUGGGAGAACUGAUGUGCGGUAAGUCACAAAAUGAGCUAUAAGCAUAUCCUCUCAAGCAGACAUUUUUCCAAAAUCUCAGUACAAGAAUCUAUCAGGAUUCUGAGAGAUUGUUUUCACAAAUGUUCUGACCAGUUUCUCCAUUACGUUAGCCGAGAUUGAGGAUUUUGUAGAUGAUACUGGUUCUGUAAUGCCCCCCGGCUGCCGCUAUGAUGCCAGUAAUGUCUUCUUCUGACAACGAUACUCUGAAUUUGAGUGUCUGAUGGAAAGCCAAUCUAUUUUGUUAUUAGAAGGUGCUUAAUGUUAUAUUGGUGAUGGGACCGGUUGGGCGUUGGCUGAAAUACUUACAAAAUCUUUCUAUGAGAUUUAUGAGAUAGUUAAAGGUCAUUAUAUUGAAUUAUUUUAGCAAUUAAAAGCAUUUUUAUUUUAAACAACCUGACAUAAUUAACGUUAUUUUGAAGUAAGUAAGUAUUACACAACACAGACUUAUAGAAUGAGUCGAUGUUGAAGAUGAUUCUAUUGUUUGAAUAAUAUGUAUAUAAAGCAUCUAUCUGUAUAGUAGGACUACAGCUGUAAACUGUAACCUGUUUGUCUUUCGUCUGAUUGGCCAAAAGGGGGCGCUGUAGAGACGUUAAUGUUUUUUGCGAGUGUACCGCUUGAUAUGAGCCAGACAAAAUAAAUCUGUCUACCCCGGUCUUGAUCUUCAUCAAUGAUGCUCCCAAACUACACGAUGUGGUUAAACAGGUUUGAUUUCCCAUGGUUGAAUGACAGUACUUAUAUUUAACAUUUGAAAAAUGUUGGCUACAACUUUUAACCUAUAACUACUCAACAUACAUCCAUGCCAGUGGCAUCUGGAAAGUUCUUCAUAUCCUUCAAAGCAACAAUCCAAAAAAAAUAUAUAGGCGAAUAUAUAUUAGAAAAAAACAAGAAUGGCUUGACAUGCAAAAGCAACAAGUGAUAGUGUUAUUUACGUUCAACGGAAGUCCUAGAACAUCUGAGCCCAUUGGAUAUGUUCGAUGCUGUGAUACAGAUUGAUUGUAUUUUUUUGUUACUGCGAAGCCUCGUUGCAGAUAAACAUGGGCUUUGGGCCCAUGUUUAUGUUACAAAUCCAUUUUUCCCAAUCCUCUCCCUUGUUGAAUCGUCGGUUCAUCAUGGUCUACUUUCUUGCCAAAGAGACAAACGUUGACGCACAAAGCGACAGAGAGCCUGAGGGUCAUGUGCACACAUUCACUUCACGUUGGGCAUUAUGUAUAAACAACGUUGUAAGAUUGUUAUCAUCAUAGUCAUCAAAUGAAUGAAUGAUGAAGCAGGUCAGUUUUCCUGAUUGCACAUAAAAAGAAAACCUAAAAGCAAAAUGGGUAAAGAUUAAGAAUUUUUAUUUAUGAAGCAAUACAUUUUCAAAUGUUUACAUGAUAUUGAGCACAUUAAACCCUCAAUGAUUGAAACUCAAACCCUGAUGGGGACAAAGAGGAACGAACGUCGCACAUUGAUUCACCUGCAGAGAAUAAAACCUCAUAAAAAAAGUAAUGUAUCUGGGACUAAGCUUGCAAGUGCCUCAGCGAAGGUUAUAUAUUGGCAAUAAUUCAUUGUAGGCAUGUGGAAAUGUGAUUAUUGAAAUUAUUGUUUACUGUCAUUGUGUACUGGUUUAAGCGUCUAUCAUGUCUAGCUCACAUCAUCCUCUGCUGCUGAUCCAAACAUGAUGAUUUGAUAUAUUGGAAGUAUGAUGACUGCAUUAUAAGAUUGGGGUGUGUUCACCUUGAAAUUAUAAUUAAAUGCUAAUGCAUUUAUUCUUUAUUGGCCUAUGUUUUAACGUGCUUGGGCGACUUGCAUUGGAAUGAAGCGAAGUGAAUCAAAUAAAAAAUGAGAGCCCCUUCCCGAAUGUUUCUUCAAUAAAGCUUGUGUCUCUUUCGGAGGUGGUUCUCCCAUCAAUUCUUACACUGACGCACUGAUUCUUACACUUACAACAGCCGCUGCCUCCUCCUUCCAUCAUACUGACAUGUUUAUAUUUGCU